AUGGCCGACAAGCUCCGUACUCUCCAGAACCUCGAGGCGCUGCAGGCGCGCUACAUCGGUACCGGCCACGCCGAUACUACCAAGUACGAGUGGACCUCCAACAUCAUCCGCGACAGCUGCGCGUCCUACGUCGGCCACAACCCACUGCUUUCUUACAUGUCUGUCGGUAUGGGCGACUCAAAGGAGAAGGUUCGAAUAAUGAUGCUGGAGAAGAUGGUUAGAGGUGCAGGCAAUCCACCGGAGACUCAAGAAUAG